AUGGCAUCUACUGUAUCUAGUUCUCGCCCAAUAAAGUCUGCUGCGCCACGUUCGAUACCGCCAGAGCUCCUUGAUGUUAUCGCUGCAGAUUUUCACCAGGUCAACUUUGCGGUUGAGGAUCACAUCAAGAAAGAGCUCAAUCUCAAGCUUGACAAAGAUGAUCAGAUUUGUCAAGCAAAUCUUACGCCUGGUGGCUGCCCACUGGGAGCUUCCCAGUGUCCAUUAAGGCACACCACGCCAUCUGCACUGAAUUUCCAGCCUCCGCCCCCUCCUCCCACCAGUUUUCGGGAGCGUGAACGACUAUCGACAGUGUGCAAACAUUGGCUUCGAGGCCUGUGUAAGAAGGGUGAUACAUGUGAAUUCUUGCACGAGUAUAAUUUACGUCGAAUGCCUGAAUGUUGGUGGUUUGCCACGUAUGGUUAUUGCGCAUCCGGUGAUGAAUGCUUGUACAACCACCCGAAGGAACGGAAAGUUGAGUGCCCGGACUACAAACGUGGGUUUUGCGAACUUGGACCAACGUGUCCGCGGAAACAUGUCCGACGGAUUGCGUGCCAACGAUACCUCAAUGGCUUUUGCCCACUAGGACCCAAAUGUGAUCAAACUCACCCCAAGCCCCGUCUACCGAAAGAAGAAGAGUAUCUGCCACCACCACCACCUUCGAAUCGAGAUCUAGGCCCACCACCUGCUUCGUACCUGCGUAUGCAGAAUGAAGGGCAGGGACAGGUGCAAAGUUUCGGCGGGCCUGGCAUCCCAACGGGUGUGGUAGUUAAUGAUCCUCAAAAUAGACCGUUAGGUCCAGACGGAACCCCGAUGCGGAGGAAUUUGGACGAAGUUCUAUGCUUCAAGUGCAGUCAAUAUGGUCAUUACGCCAAUACAUGCUCGAAUCGGAAUGUACCCGGUAACCGGGGUGGUUUGGAUCGCCGCACGUUGCACACCCAAGAAUAG